AAUGAAAGGCGUGCUGAAGAAUGCAAGGUUUUCUUUAUUAACCUCAAUUUUUACCUUCUAGUUGGAGUGAUUGGCCCGGAAGACAGCCGGUGGCUUUCGACAUCGACCAGUCUGUUCAAGAUCUUAAGCAGGCCUCCUUUCAUCUUCAUGACGAUCACGAUGAUGUUCCUGACAUUGAAUCAUCCUACGCUCCCCAUACAUCAAAUUUCUUUUCGGCAGCAAGACAUCAUGCUCGAACUUCCUCUGCUUUUACAUCAAAGCCCUCACUCACACCUUCAAAUGCCGCCGAAGCUCUUCAGUUUUCAAAUUUGGUUAUGGAGAAUGAGGAUGAUGUUAUGAUCGAAGCAAGAGCUCUUUUAACGCAGUGGGUGUCAAAUCCGGCACCACCCGAGCCUUCCGACGACGCCUCUAAUCGCAUAAAGCUGAAUCUAAACUUGGGUGCCUUUAUGUCUUUGGAAGAAAAACUAUGUGGAGCGAGUGAUCGGAAGGCUGUCAGGGAGGUGGUUGAGGAGGUUGUGGGAUACGGAGAUAUCAGGGGAAGCGCUCUAUACUCACGCACCCACCAAGGUUCCAUCAGCCCGUAUUCACGCCAUUCAGAAACUCAAACUCGUCAUGCUCUCGCGCGCGAGCGCCGGGAACAACAUCAUAAACAUCGCAUACAAGCCCUUGAGCGCCAAAUAGAGAGCAAACAGCAAAAAUUGCUAUCUUCCUUGCGACAGAAACAUGUUGAGAGAGCCAGACCAAAACAUUCCAAGAUUGAUCAAUGGAAAAUGGACAUUGCCCUUCGAGCGGCACGAGCGGCGCUCGACGAAGAUAUGGGGAGGAAGCGUUCUGAUAAGCCAUAUGGACCGCGAAAUGAGGAUUUUGAGCGAGCACGCGAGCUGGUGGUUGACGAAGAGUAUGCGAAAAUGCGCACCACGGCUGACGUACCGACGAUCUCCGAUGUUGAAACAGGAAAGGUGAAAGUUGAAAAGACGGACUUGAAUGACAGUGAAGCUCAGCUCAAGACAGAGUCUCAAAAAGAAGACGAAAAACGGCGGAAUGAGAUAAUCGAGCGAAAACUGGCUCAAUCCCGCGCCAGAGCUGACGAGCUAUUUUCUGUUCGUCGGUUGAAAGCCCUCAAAGUGCAUUUCUCAAGCUGGUGUGCUCUUGUCACCACAUAUCGAAAACAAGUGCAGCAGUUUCAGGUCAUUACCACUUGGCGACAUUUGAAUCGGUCGUUCGCGACCUGGCGGAAACUGAAGCAGUCUUGUAUAGCCAAACGAGAAGCCCAGGCGCUUCAAGAAGCCCUCCAAAAAUCCCAUGAAAACCAGUUGAAGGCCGUCCGCUUUCAGAGAUCGACAAUACUUUCAAAAGUAGUGCUCGCAUGGCUGGGAUGGACGAGACUUCAACGUGAAGCUAAACGCCUCCGUCGCCAACACGAAGAGCGGGCCAAGCGCAUGAAAGAGGCCUUGGAGCGCCUGGAACGACGACAGAGAGUUGAGGCAGAGAUUGAGGAGAGAAGAGUGGGCAAGGUUUUGGAGAGAUUGGAUGCAAGUACGAGUGGGGAGAGCUUGUCCAAUGAUGACAGCAAAGACAUGAAUGCCAUUAUAGAUGGGGAGGAUGUGAACAAGGGUCCAGCGACAAAUGUAGAAGAACCCAAGGCUCCAACUCCGGCACCAACAGAAGAGAAUAAAGUUGCUUGCGCAUCAACGCUCAACGAUUCGCCAAAACAGUCGACAAUCCGCCGCAAGGCACCAUCGCCCCAGAAACCCAGGCGUAUUCGAACUGCACAAGACCAAAAGUGGAUUGCAGAAAUGGAAAAGAGAGAUGCAGAACGUAGAGACCGUCGCCAACAGCUUGAACAGCGUCGCAAAGAGCGUCAGGAAGCGCUGGAGGCCAAGAAGGCAGCAGAAGCAGAGGCAAAAGCUCUCCAAGAAGCAGAAGAGCGUCGUAUUCUCAUCGAGUCCCGUAAAGCAGCCGAGAAAGCCUUAGCGGAGCAGCUUGCCGAGCAACGGCGUGUAAAUGCUCUUGCGUGCACGUUUAGCAGGAAACGCCUGUUGAGGAAGGGGUUGAAAUGUUUGAAGACUUUUGUGGGUGCGGUUCGGAGGAACGAGGAAGCAUCUCUUGGAUUUUGGGUUCGCUGUUUGUUCAAAGGGUGGAUACAAAGGUUCAGAGAACGAUGGGAAGAGAGGGAGAUUAUGGCAUCAAAACUGUGGGAUCAGAGAGCUGUAAAAUCAGGAUGGGAUCGAUGGAAAGAGGCAUAUCAAACGCACAAAUGCCACACUUCAGAUGCCUGCAAACACCAUAAGCACCAUGUCAUCCUCAGCACGUUUCAGACCUGGCGACGUAAAGCUUUGACCACCAGCCAAACCCGCGAAGCACACGAACGUGCUCUCAAUGCGAAAGCUGAUCAGCUAAUGAAGCGAAUCCUACCAAGGCGAUGUCUACGAUUGUGGAAAGAGUUUGUAGCGGAGCAGAAAGAACAGCGCUGGAGGGAGUUUCGGAAGCAGGUCUUGAGGGAGCGUGUCAAGGAAAUUCUACAUCAUUCUCGAUUCGAGGCAAAGUUGGAAAUGGAAACGAUUGCUGGUCAAGAAGUAGAUGAAUAGAACCAAUGCACCA